AUGAGCAUGAUUGACAUACAUGCUCCUCUCGGAGAGAGUAUCGGAAAACAUAGUGAAGAAGAUGACAUGGCAACGAGGCUUACUACGUGGCGACCACAUCACAUAGCUAAUUGUAAGAUUGAGGUGGCUGCUGUGAUUUCUGGUUGGUCGAUGGAUGAGGGCAAUGCGGGCUGUGUAGGUAGGAUAUGGCAAGGGUUGGUGGUAGCGUGGGAACCAGGACGGUUUGUUACAGUUACAAACCUCCAGAGAGAAGGCAAAGAGAAUCUCCGUUUAAAAAGACAAAUGGAGGAAGAGAAGGCAAAGAAGAGCUCGAGGCCAGUAGAGUUAGCAAAGGAGGAGGAGAUAGACAGGCCGGUUCAAGUAUAUGCAGACGGCGUCUAUGAUCUCUUCCACUUUGGCCAUGCCCGUUCUCUCGAGCAAGCCAAAAAGCUGUACCUAAAUGAUUAUCACUCUCAAAAUCUCACUUUUUUAAUUCAAUUAUUUGUUUCCAAAUACGCAUUUGCUGUUGGAUGCUGCAAUGAUGAAGUCACUCCCAAAUAUAAAGGUAAAACUGUGAUGACUGAUGAAGAACGCUAUGAGUCUCUUAGCCAUUGCAGGAUUGCAGAGAAGUGGUUUAUGAAUGGACUGGAAAGUGUCGAAGUUGCCAAGGCUCAGGACAUGUCAGCUAUUAUAAUAAAAGGGGGAAAGAAGUUACCUGCAAAUGUGUACCUUGCCUUGGAAUUGGUGCCUCAUGAAAGUAGUUCUGAAUCUAAUUUCUGGGAUUGUAGGAUUGCAGAGAAGUGGUUUAUGAAGGGACUGGAAAGUAUCGAAGUUGCCAAGGUUCAGGACAUGUCAGCUAUUAUAAUAAAAGGGGGAAAGAAGUUACCUGCAAAUGUGUACCUUGCCUUGGAAUUGGCUGCUCAUGGUGGAGGGACCAUUAUUUUCAAGGGUCUGUAUUUUGGAUUGGUUGGAAAUCUCGCUGGUGUCUUACCGUUACGAGACUUCAUUCAGACUGUAGGUGCCGUUGGGGGUGCUGCUUCAUCUCUUAUUCGUGUACCAAUGGAGGGGUAUGGAUCCUUUUUAUUACGAGACUUGCCAUUUGAUGCAAUUCAGUUUUGUAUCUAUGAGAAAAUGCUAAUGGGAUAUAAGUUAGCGGCAAAGAGAGAUCUGAAGGAUCCUGAGAUUGCUAUAGUUGGUGCUUUUGCUGGUAAUGAAGCAUUCUCCUUAGCUCGGAAAGGAAAGGAAAAGGAAGAAAAGAUGGCAGGGAUUCCUCAAAAGAGAAAAGGGCAGGAAGAGAAAGCAAAGGCAUACAGAAAAUCAAAGAAAAAAAUAGGAGUCAUCUGUAGUCGGAAAGUGACACUUAAGAAGAGAUUAACAAAGAUGAUUAGUCAAGGGGCACCAUUGACUUCCCAUAGCCGAGCUUGGGAGGAACUGGAUGUAAAGAUUAUGAACAGAGGAAAAGUUCAAAGAGAAGCUUCACUUGCAGAUCAGAUCCGAGCUGCCAUAACUGAAAGAACUGAAUCCAAUACUAAGGAUGCUUUGGCAGCACCAUCUACUCUGAACUUAUUUGCUGGGAGUUGA